ACCCUUGGCUUUGACAGCCGCCGCCACAAGUCUUUCCGCCUCCCCAGCCUUCCUCGGAGCUGGGAGCUGGAUUAUGGUGGCCUGACCUGCAAACGCAGCCACAGGAGCUCAGAUCCCCUGCCCUUUCCCCCUGCUGCCGACCUGCCAGGAGGACCGGGAAAGCAGCCACUGCCAACCUGCCAUGCCCGCCCCUCUCAGCUGCCUGCGGGCCCCAAGCCGUCCUUUCCCAGAUCUAUGGUGAGGCUGGACGCCACUGGCCAGAUGUAGCCAGGAUCCAUCUCCUCCCCUUUCUUUCUCUCUGCGGAUUGCUCCUGACUGAUACCCACAGCCUGAAACGGGGGCUGGCUCAAGGGCCUGCAAGCUCUGCAGUCCCGAUGCCACACAGCUCUCUCUCCUGAGAAGCUACCACCAACAUCCAGAGUUGGGGGCAGGCAACAGGGACAGCCGUGGGCCCCGAGUGAGUCCCGAGGGCCUGAAAGCCAGGGCCCACAAUGGCCCAAGCACUGCCCUGGCUCCUGCUAUGGAUGGGCUCAGCAGUGCUCCCUGCCCACUGCACCCAGCCUGGCAUCAGGCUACCUCUGCGGAGCGGGCUUGGGGGGACCCCCCUGGGGCUGAGGCUUCCCCGGGACACUGACGAGGAGCUGGAGGAGGAGCCUGGCCGGAGUGGAAGCUUCGUGGAGAUGGUGGACAACCUGAGGGGCAAAUCUGGUCAGGGCUACUACGUGGAGAUGACCGUGGGCAGCCCCCCACAGACGCUCAACAUCCUGGUGGACACAGGGAGCAGUAACUUUGCAGUGGGGGCUGCCCCCCACCCUUUCCUGCAUCGCUACUACCAGAGGCAGCUGUCCAGCACGUACCGGGACCUCCGGAAGGGUGUGUAUGUGCCCUACACUCAGGGCAAGUGGGAGGGGGAGCUGGGCACCGACCUAGUGAGCAUCCCUCAUGGUCCCAAUGUCACUGUGCGUGCCAACAUCGCUGCCAUCACUGAGUCAGACAAGUUCUUCAUCAACGGCUCCAACUGGGAAGGCAUCCUUGGGCUGGCCUAUGCUGAGAUCGCCAGGCCCGACGACUCCCUGGAGCCUUUCUUUGACUCCCUGGUAAAGCAGACCCACGUUCCCAACCUCUUUUCCCUGCAGCUCUGUGGCGCUGGCUUCCCCCUCAACCAGUCAGAAGUGCUGGCCUCAGUUGGAGGCAGCAUGAUCAUUGGGGGUAUUGACCCCUCUCUGUACACGGGCAGCCUCUGGUACACACCCAUCCGUCGGGAGUGGUAUUAUGAGGUAAUCAUUGUGCGGGUGGAGAUCAAUGGACAGGAUCUGAAAAUGGACUGCAAGGAGUACAACUAUGACAAGAGCAUCGUGGACAGUGGCACCACCAACCUUCGUUUGCCCAAGAAAGUGUUUGAAGCUGCAGUCAAAUCCAUCAAGGCAGCCUCCUCGACGGAGAAAUUCCCAGACGGCUUUUGGCUAGGAGAACAGCUGGUGUGCUGGCAAGCAGGCACCACCCCUUGGAACAUUUUCCCAGUCAUCUCACUCUAUCUAAUGGGUGAAGUCACCAAUCAGUCCUUCCGCAUCACCAUCCUUCCACAGCAAUACCUGCGGCCAGUGGAAGACGUGGCCACGUCCCAAGACGACUGUUACAAGUUCGCCAUCUCACAGUCAUCCACAGGCACAGUUAUGGGAGCUGUUAUCAUGGAGGGCUUCUACGUUGUCUUUGAUCGGGCCCGCAAACGAAUUGGCUUUGCUGUCAGUGCUUGCCAUGUGCACGAUGAGUUCAGGACGGCAGCGGUGGAAGGCCCCUUUGUCACCCCGGACAUGGAAGACUGUGGCUACAACAUUCCACAGACAGAUGAAUCAACUCUCAUGACCAUAGCCUAUGUCAUGGCGGCCAUCUGCGCCCUCUUCAUGCUGCCACUUUGCCUCAUGGUGUGUCAGUGGCGCUGCCUCCGCUGUCUGCGCCAUCAGCACGAUGACUUUGCUGAUGACAUCUCCCUGCUGAAGUGAGGAGGCCCAUGGGGACAACAGAGAUUCCCUCGGACCCCGCUGGGUGCUGCUUUGGUCACAAGGAGACAUGGAUGGCACCUGUGGCCAGAGUACCUCAGGACCCUCACCCACCCACCACAUGCCUCUGCCUUGACAGAAAAGUAAAAUCUGGCAAGGUGGGUUACAGGGAUUGCACCCGUAGGAAACAGGAGAGGGAAGAAAGACACGCUCUAGUGGUGGGAAUACUCUUGGUCGCCUCAAACUAGAGCUGGGAAAUUCUGCUGCUUGAAACUUCAGCCCUGAACCUUUGCCCACCAUCCCUCUCAAUUCUCCAACCCAAAGUAUUCUUCUUUUCUUAGUUCCAGAAGUACUGGCACCACACCCAGGUUACCCCAGUGGUGUGUGUCUGCAGUACCCUGGCAAAGAGAGGGCCCACCUUGUUCCCUGCCGGCCAAAGGCAGUUUGCUAUUGGCUUUAGAGAUAGGAACUGUAUCAACAAGCCUACCAGUGGUACACAGAUUGCCUCUUGAAUUAAACACAAAAUAAUCACACUGAAUAUUUGUACAAAUGGGGGCAGUUGGAAGAGGAGGGGGAGAGGGAGUACAAAGCCAGGCAACAGUGGGGACCAAAGCUAGAAAAGGCGGAUACAUGACCACUCGCCAGUCCCAGUUUUAGACUUCAUCUCCAACACAGAAUCCGUCUGGUAAGAUGCGUGUUACUUCCCAAUGUUUUUUUCCCUGUGGUUGGAGCCCGACCAAAAGUGAGAUGGGAAGAAGGGCUUAGUUAGCCAAAAAGCUCUUUUUAGCUCUUAAAUGUAAAGUGUCCACUAAGAAAUUCCAUCUAAAACAAUGAAUUUCUACCUGAUUAAUUCCACUGCUCUCCACCUGAAUGCUUUGCUUUACACAUGCUAGGCAGCAUUAAAAUAUCCCAACCCUCCAAGCCCCAGUUGCCCUAUGGGAAAGCAACUGGAAUACAGGAAAUAGAGCAUGGCUGCGCUCCGUCUUCCUGCACAUGUCUUCGCUCCCUCCCCCAAAUCCCUAGUCCUCUGGAGCUCUGCAGCUGAGGUGCUAAGAAUAGACAGGGGGCCUCUCCUACCUAAUUCCUGAAGAUUCGUUCAACGGGUAUAGGGGUGAUGCUCUAUACUCCUGCCUGGAUUUCUUCUUGUUCAGCCGUUAAGUUGUAGUAAGAUCUUUACAUAAUACAGAGCAGUUUCACUGCUUUCUCACCCUCUCUAAUGUCCCCUCCAUUCAUUUGCUAAGGCACUCCACAGUGGCACAAGUAUUACACCAAGAGUGUCAGGAACACAGGGCCUCCUGGUCCUAGCACCAUCGCCUUCAGUAUCAAGGCUGCCUGGAGAAAGGAUGGCAGCCUCAGGGCUUCCUUCCUUCCUUUACCAUAAGAGCCCCUCAAUGGAGGCCAUCCUUUUCCCCUGCCCUGCUCUCUACUCCCCAAUCCUAAUUGUACUCGGGCACCCCAGGCUGCUUCUUGCGCUAGGUAUUGGGUACCAAGUUCAUUUCCAAUCAGUUCUAACACAGUUGAGUAUGAUACCAGUGCUAGUGGGAAGAGCUAAAUUUUCCUAGCACACCCACUGGAUCCUCUUCCUAUGUGGUCAACACACUGCUUCCAGGUAUGGGACCUGCCAAGUGUGGAAUUACCUGAUGAGCGAGACGGAAAUACUAGGAGGGCCUCCGGAGAUCCUGGCCUCAGCCAGCUGCCCACAAGCCAUAAACUAAUAAAGCAAGAACACUGAGUC